CACACACAAAUUCACUCAACUUGCCAAUCCUCUAAAAAGCCACACCUCUUUCAACCUAUCAUUCUAGAGAAACUAAAGUGAAAGUUCAUUUCUGCACAGUCACUGUGAGUGAGUGUUGUACAAUGGCUGAAUUGAGGGUUUCUGUUGAGCUGGAUCAGUUUAAAUGUCCAAUCUGCUUGGAGCUUCUGACCAAUCCUGUGUCUAUAAACUGUGGACACAGUUUUUGCAAGAGCUGUAUCCAGCGCAAAUGGGAUGGAGAUGCGAACACAGGAGUAUACAGCUGUCCCUUAUGCAGGCAGAAGUUCUCUUCAAGACCAGUGUUUGGACAAAAUGUCAUGCUUGCUGAUAUGGUAGACAGAAUGAGGAAGAUGAGCUCUAACUCAGCUAGUAGACAACCGGCUGAACCUGAUGAUGAACAGUGUUAUGCCUGCAUUGAAAAAAAAUACAAAGCUAUUAAGACCUGCCUGGUGUGCCUCGCGUCUUACUGUGAAGUGCACAUUAAACUUCACAAUGAAUUGAACCCAGGAAAUAGGCACAGGGUGAUCAAUGUCAUAGGUAAGCUUGAAGACAAAAUUUGCAAAAAUCACCGCAAACUCAAAGAUGCUUAUUGCUGCGAAGAUCAGAGAAGUGUGUGUGUAGAUUGUGUAAGUUGGAAACACAAUGGACACCAUAUUACCUCGAUUUGGGAAGCAAGACAUAAACAGCAAGAGCAGCUAAAUAAUAUACAAAUGAAAGUUAACCAGAGAAUCCAGGAAACAGAAAACACACUGAAGACACUCCAAAAGGCUAAAUAUGACUUUAAGAAGUCAUCACAGGCUCUGGAGAAAGACAAUGAGAAAACCUGUGAAGAACUGAUCAGCUACAUUAGGAGACAACAAUUUGUGAUCAGAAAUAUGAUUAAAGAAAAAGAGCAGAAAGAAAUACAGAGAUCAGACAGCAUUCAGAAGCAACUUCAGAUGGAGCUUGUUGUCUAUAAAAAUAGAGCAGAUGAACUGGAGCAGCUUUUAUGGACAGAGGAUGACAUCUACUUCCUCCAGAGAAUGUCUCAACUUUGUGCAGCAUUCGAGUUUCUGGCUCUACCAAAUAUCACAGUCAAUGCAUCUAUCUUUGAAGAUAUGAAAAAAUCUGUGUCUAACAUGAAAACUCAAGUAGCACAGCUGUGCAAGCAUGAUAUAAAGAUAUCCAUAACAGACAUCCAGCUAAUUCAGACUUCAGCUCCAGUAAUAAGAAAAGAUUUCCAAAGAUAUUUCCAACCUUUGACAUUGGACCCCAAAACUGUUCAUAAAAAUCUCACCCUGAGUGAUAAUAACAGCAAGCUGACAUGGACAGAUGGUGACAACAACUACAGAUUUAUGCCAGAGAGAUUUUCAUACUUAGCUCAGGCUCUUUGCAUGCAGGGUUUGAGUAAAUGCAGCUAUUGGGAAGUUGAAUGGGGAGGUCCACAGGUCUACAUAGCAGUCGCAUAUAAAGGGGUUUUCAGACAAGGAUGUUCCAGCUGUUUGGGUCUUGGACAUAAUGAAAAGUCAUGGAGUUUGUGCUGUAGCCCUUCCAGGAGCUACGUCUGUCAUAACUAUAAAGAAACUGAUGUUCAUGUAAAAGUCUUCCAAAGAAUUGGAGUUUAUCUGGAUUAUGCAGCAGGAACUCUGUCCUUCUACAACGUGUCUGAUACCACAAUGUACCUCAUCCACCAAAUCAAGGCCAAGUUUUCUGAGGAACUGUACCCUGGUUUUUGGGUGUUUGAUGGUUCAUAUGUUAGACUGUGUCAUUUUAGUGAGAACGUGGCUCAUUGGAGCAUUGUAAAAGGCAUUAAAGAUAAAAGUCAAGUGAAAUGCAGAGUAAUGUCUCAGUUUUACUUUUUAGGUUAUAACGACUCAGAUACGGAUAAUACCUGAAGGUAGGGAACGGAGAAGUCACGUCGAUGACCGACGAAUUGGGAGCUCGCUAGAGAGACCAAUCUGCUUCGAGUGUAACUAAGAGCCAGUAAACAUUGGCAUGCAGUAUUUGCAUAUGCCGGCCAUGCCCAAUAAAUUAUAUUUAAUAUUUAAGUACAUUAAACAUCUAGGUUUUUUUUUACUUUUACUUAAGUAAAAAGUACUUUUGUACUUUUACUCAAGAAAAGUGAAAGUACACAAUUUUUAUGUAAUUAGGUAUUAAAUUAAUUUUAAUAUGCAAUAUAAAAGGAAUACAUAGUAAACAUUUUUUAGUAAAGUAAAAAAAAUUUCCAAGACAAACACUCUGAUAAAGUACAGAUGCUUGGAAAAUUUACUUAAAAUACUCAAGUAGUGUCCGCCUCUGGCAAUGGUACAGUAACCAUGGCAAGGGGACACGACCUCUUUGUUCCCUAGGAUCCUACCUUAGAUCCUCACGUGCAGAAUGUUUUUAUUAUUGUGUUUUUUUAGUUUUAUUCCUAAUCAUUUAUUUACAUAAUCAUCAUAAUCAUUUUAAAAUCAUUAGUUAUCCAUAAAAUUGUUUAUUUGAUUAUUCAAUAUUAUUAUCCAUUUCAUUAUUAUAUUUUUUAUCAUUACAUUAUUGUUUACUCAUUUAUAUAGUUUAUUUAUUUAUUCAUUAAUAUAUUAAUUAUGUUUAUUCAUUUAUUCAUUUAUUAUUAUAUUUCUAUAUUUUAUUCAUUUAUUCAUUAUAGUUUCUAUGUUUCGUAUGUCUUAUUGAUUUCAUUGUUGUUCAGUCUUAUUUUUUUUUUCUUGGCCCGCCACCACCCCCCCUCUUCGGAGGACAACUUUAUUUUUUAAUAAAGCAAAUUAUUUACACAAUACAUUACAAUAUAGACAAUAGAUUUUUAUACAGUGCAUUAUUCGUCCUACCAUAACCAUUCAAGCAGUUUAGUGAAACCCUGGGUACAUGGGGGGGGGAUUGUAGCACCACAUACAUAGUGUAACAUGUAACAUAUACGACAAACAGAUAACAGAGACAAGACAAUUGACAGUUGCUACAAGAACAUGUUAUUGAUGGUUGGUUGAGUAUAAUGAUCUUGAGUAAGCUCUAUACAUUAAUCUGAGGUUCACAUUCGUUAGUUUGAAAAGGGUUGGGGAAAAAAAAAAAAUAUGUUAUGCAUGAGCAUGAAUAGUGUGUUCCUAUGAAAGACAAUAAAUAAACUAACAUAACAGAAGAUGGAAAAGGUAGAUAUGUGAAGGGUAAUGUAAAUGGUAAUGUACGCGGCUUGUAGUUAUGUUUUUGUGUUAAGAAAUGUUAAUAAUGGGGACCAGAUGUCUUCAAAAGCAGAUAUCUGCUUCCUUCUGUAUGCAUUAUGUUUUUCGAUUGAAAUGUGUUCUGAAAUUAAAUUUAUCCAAUGAUUGAUGUUGCAAGAUUUCUUGGAUUUCCAGUUUUGAAGAAUUACUUUCUUAGCGACAGCUAGAGAGAUGAGCAAUGGAUUCCUGUAUUUUUGUGAGAUUUUGAUUUCAGAGAGGUCGCCUAUGAGACAGAGUUUUGGAGAUAGUGGGAUUCUGUGACUCAGGACAGUGGAUAGUGUCUCAGUGACUGUAACCCAAAAUGAAUGAACUGGUUGGCAUUGCCACAUGGCGUGCAAAUAGUCAUCUAUGCUGCCUGAAGUGCAUUGUGAACAAAUGUUGGUGUUGUGUAGGCCCAUUUUGAACAUUUUACUUUGGGUGAUGUGAGUUCUGUGAAUGACUUUAUAUUGUAUAAGCUGCAGGUUUGUGUUAUCGUUCAUGAAAAAUGUGUUCCUACAGAUUUGUUCCCAGUACUCAGGGUUGGAAGAGAAGGCCAAGUCAGUUUCCCACUUGGUAUUUGGGAUUGUGAUUGUUGUGUUUUGGUUAGAAAUCAUUGUGUAUAGCUGGGAGAUUAAUUUUUUGAAAAUAUUAAUUUUCAUAAGUUCUUCUGUAAG